GGAACAGCCCACCUCUCUCACACCUCCAGCUCCAUCCAGUCCCGUCCAGUGCAGUGCAGGCCCCCAAUUUUCGCAGCGCCAGGCCACGCCGUGCCAGCACAGGCAGGCUUUGUUUGUUGCUGACCAUCCCCUGCCCGCCCGCCGUGGUUCCUCGCCCGCCUCUCUCCCUCUCUCUCCACCCUCGAAAUCUCAACCCCGUCAAGCCCUGUCCGUCCGUGUCUGUUUCGCUCUAGCACACGCUCCAAAGGGGGGGCGCAAAAGCAAGGCUGCCAGGCCAGAAACAAACAUUCCGUCUCUCGUUAACUACCAUCCCCCGUUUUCUUCUGCCUCAACCUAGGUAGUCGCCGGCGCGUGCCAUAUUGCUUCUCCAGCGCGGCCACGAAAGCGUCUGUGCCACUCCGAUCGUCCCAAUCUCUCUCGCCCGUCUGCGUACGUGCGAGUACCGCCUCAGCCCGAGGUGCGCCAGCAAAACACGCCCGCCGCUACCGCCUCGUCCAUCGCUUCUUCCCCCCCCGUCCCCCUCGUGCCGACCGGGCCUCCCCGAAAUCAUUCUUCGACGGAAGCCGAGACCGUUGAGUCCCCGUCGCUCGUUUACCGCCGAAGACAGGCCAGGCUCUGUCGUGUCGUUUCGUCGCCUCGUGCCGUACGCAAGCCGACGUCUCGUUCAUCAGUCGUCUCGCCUGCGACUGGUUCCUCCGGCUUGAUUCUGCGCGCCGCGGCCUUCUCCAGCUUUUCAUUCGUGGUCAGAUCGUGGCAAGCCUGGGCUCUCGUUUUGUCUUCCCCCGCUCGUCGUUGCCUUCCAUUCCUCGGUAGGCGCCCGCGCCGUACCGCAUCGUACCAGCGUACUGGUCUGCGUCGAGCGCCUGCGCCCGACAGCAUCACGCACCGGCCAUGUCUCUACCGGAGAGGCCGGGCGGAAGUCCCAUAUACGACCGCACAUACAGAAAUUCGCCGUCCCGACGAUCGCGUCCCGCUGAUGUCGAGGCCGGUAGCUAUCAUUCUGUGCCUAGACAGGGGCAUCAUGAACGUGGGAUCUCUGCCUCCUCCUUCGCCGAUACCAUUUCGAACCCUAAUGCCAAUACAGAGAGCCUGCCUCUGUCUCCCACGGACCCGCAUGGCCCCCCGAGGCAAAACAGUUCUGAUUUGCCCUCUCGCAAGCGGAGUCUGAUCAGGCCGGAGAGGAACAGGAUUGGCAAGGACCACCGCAACUACCACUACCAUAAGCAUGCGGCCAACAUGGACGUGCUGCCCUCGUCCACGGGCAAUGACCCUAUCCUCGAGAAUAUCGAUGGCUCGACGGAGAGGUCUGGCGGCUCGCAGGCCAACGGCAGCUUCUCAGAAGCCUCGGCGCGAGGAGCUCGCUCUCGCAAGGUGAGCAGCGGCGAGAAAGAAAAGGCCGACGCGCGAGUCCGUACCCGGCCGGGUCGGACCAAGUCGGGCAAGAUUGUCAAGGAAAGCAAGCCCGUCCGCGAGGCCCGCAAGAAGAAGCAAAAGGUUGCCGAGGAUCAGCUCCGGCCCCCGAGCUUUUGGAACGUAUACUGCGCCAUCGUCACCUUUUGGUGCCCCGACUUUAUUCUCAAGUGCUGUGGGAAGCCCACCAAGGCCCAGCGCCGAGCGUGGCGAGAGAAGAUGGGUCUCAUCAGCAUCAUCCUCUUCAUCAUGGCCAUUGUCGGUUUCCUGACGUUCGGCUUCACGGCAACCGUUUGCAGUGCCCCCCCGCUGCGUCUGCAGGUCAACGACGUUGGCCUUGGAUACAUGAUCUUCCACGGUGUCGCGUACGACCUGUCCAACUCUCACCAUCCUCCGGCCGAGGGCAUUCCCCUGAGGGGCGAUGGCUUGGGCGCGAACGUCUUGUUUGAUCUUCCGGAGAAGCACGGCGGCCAGGAUGGCAGCUUCCUGUUCCAGAAUGUCAACGGUCACUGCAAAGAUCUCAUCACCCUGGCUCCAGGUUCCGAUGUGCCCACCAACGCCCAAGGCGAGCUGGCCUGGUACUUCCCCUGCACCACCUUCAACCAGGACGGCUCGACUAAGCCCAACACGACGACCGACUACUAUCUCGGCUAUGGCUGCCACACGACGCUCAACUCUCGAAAUGCCUUCUACCUGGAUUUGAGCGGCGCCGCAGACGUCUACUUCUCCUGGGAUGAUGUCAAGAACAGCUCGCGAAAUCUCAUCGUCUACUCUGGCAACGUCCUCGACCUCGACCUCCUCAACUGGUUCAACGAGUCCCAGGUGCUGGUGCCAGACCGCUUCAAGGAGAUCCGCGAUACCAACUCGGCCGUCAACAAGGCAAUUCGCGGGCGCGACGUCACCCGCAUGUUUCAAUCCUCUGAUGACAAGAAAUACCUUCAGUGCUUUGACGAGAUCAUCAAGGUUGGCUCCAUCGACACAGAGACGGUCGGAUGUAUCGCUUCCAAGGUUGUGCUGUAUUGCGCACUCAUUCUGAUUUUGUCAGUCGUCUUGUCGAGGUUUGUUCUCGCUCUCGUGUUUCAGUGGUUCAUCAGCCGUCACUACGCGGCCAGCAAGACAUCGCAAAGCUCCGACCGCAGAAAGCGCAACCGCCAGAUUGAGGACUGGUCUGAGGACAUCUAUCGAGCACCCGCUCGCCUGCCUGGCGACCUUGGCAGCACCGUUGUCGGCUCGGACAGGAUGAGCAAGCGAGGUUCCUCUUUCCUGCCCACCACCUCGAGGUUCUCCGCCGUCUACGGCGCGGAGCGCUCGCCCGGGCAACGUCGCGUGCCCACGACAAUGGCCAGUCAGGGAACGCCCGGUUCAUCCAUGCUGAAUCCCAACUCCAUCUACAAGCAAGGUAACGACAGUCGAGCGAGCUUCCUCCGGUCAGACCCCUACGCUACCGGCAGCGUGUCCGACGGCCCGGGCCCCGCCGGCUUCAUUCAUGAUGCCGUGGUCCCCCAGCCUCCCUCUGACUGGAUGCCCUUUGGUUUCCCUCUGGCCCAUACUAUGUGUUUGGUCACGGCGUACUCCGAAGGCGCAGAGGGCAUCCGAACCACUCUCGACUCGAUUGCGAUGACUGACUACCCCAACAGCCACAAGUGCAUCGUCGUCAUCUGUGAUGGUAUUAUCAAGGGCAAGGGCGAGGCCGUCUCGACCCCUGACGCCUGCUUGAGCAUGCUCAAGGAUCAUUCGACCCCGCCUGAGCUUGUGCAGCCCUUUUCUUAUGUGGCCGUUGCGAGUGGUUCAAAGCGGCACAACAUGGCAAAGGUGUACUGCGGCUUCUACGACUACGGCGCCAAGUCCCAGAUUCCUGUCGAUCGUCAGCAGCGCGUUCCCAUGAUGGUCAUUGUCAAGUGUGGCACGCCUGCGGAGGAAGGCAAGAGCAAGCCCGGCAACCGAGGCAAGCGAGACAGUCAGAUCAUCCUCAUGUCCUUCCUGCAAAAGGUCAUGUUCGACGAGCGAAUGACGGAACUCGAGUACGAGAUGUUCAACGGCAUGUGGAAGGUGACGGGAAUAUCACCCGACUACUACGAGAUUGUGCUCAUGGUGGACGCCGACACAAAGGUUUUCCCCGACAGCCUGACACAUAUGGUGUCCGCCAUGGUCAAGGACCCCGAAAUCAUGGGCCUCUGUGGCGAGACCAAGAUUGCGAACAAGCGCGACAGCUGGGUCACGGCCAUUCAGGUCUUCGAGUACUUUGUCUCUCAUCACCUGGCCAAGUCGUUCGAGUCGGUCUUUGGUGGUGUGACGUGCUUGCCCGGCUGUUUCUGCAUGUAUCGCAUCAAGGCCCCCAAGGGAGGACAAAACUACUGGGUUCCCAUCUUGGCCAACCCGGACAUCGUCGAGCACUAUUCGGAGAACGUUGUCGAGACGCUGCACGAGAAGAACCUGUACCUCCUGGGCGAAGAUCGAUAUCUGACGACGCUCAUGCUUCGGACAUUCCCCAAGCGCAAGCAGGUCUUUGUGCCCCAGGCCGUGUGCAAGACGACUGUCCCCGACAAGUUCAUGGUCCUCUUGUCUCAGCGCCGCCGAUGGAUCAACUCGACCAUACACAAUCUCAUGGAGCUGAUUCUGGUCCGAGAUUUGUGCGGCACAUUCUGCUUCAGCAUGCAGUUUGUCAUCUUUGUCGAGCUUGUCGGUACUCUGGUGCUGCCGGCUGCCAUUGCCUUUACCUUUUAUGUCGUCAUUACGUCUAUUAUCCACUCGCCACCGCAAAUCAUCCCGCUGGUGCUCUUGGCUCUCAUUCUCGGUCUACCUGGAGUGCUUAUCAUCGUCACGGCGCACAACUGGUCGUACGUGAUUUGGAUGCUGAUCUACCUGCUUUCGCUCCCCGUCUGGAAUUUUGUUCUUCCAACGUACGCUUUCUGGAAGUUUGACGACUUUUCGUGGGGCGACACGCGGAAGACGGCCGGCGAUAGUAAGAAGGGCGGCCACGAGACCGAGGGAGAGUUCGACAGCAGCAAGAUCACCAUGAAGCGGUGGGCCGAGUUUGAGCGCGAGAAGCGGUCCAAGAGCGCCUACUGGGGCUCGCGCGAGAACGUGGUCGGCGGAAGUCACAGCAGCUGGGCGAUGCCCCAAGGCCACUACCACAACGAGGAGUACUACUCGGAUGCCUGAUCGCGUUCCUUGUCCCUUUCUUGUUUUUCUCUGAUGUCGCAGGCGCCCUGGCGGUUUGGGUGGAGGUGGUGCAUGCGGCCUUGCGUUUUUCCCGUUAUUUUUCAACUCACGCACAUACAUGACAUGAAAUGGGUAAUCUGGGAUCCUCGCACAUCGAGCUUGGACUUUCUGCUUUCUGCUCUUCUUCCUGGCUUUUCAUGGUUCUUGGAUGGGUCCAGUCAGGCUUCGUUAUAUACCUUUGUCGGCUCAUGCGUCUUAAGCGUCCCGCGGCGCUGCACGGACACGUCCGAGUAUUUAAUUCGUCCCCUUUCUCGGCUCUGCUCAUGUCUUGGACAUGUUCAUCCUCUCUCUCUCGCGGCUGUGGUUUCCCCAAGCUGCCCGGGCUAGGUCGAUGAGUGGGUAGACGAGGGGCAAAGGGACGCCUGGGCCGCGCACGAUGGUCAGUGUCGCUGUCAUUUUCGCUGUCCUGGUCAUGGUCAUGGUCAUCAAUCAUCGGAGCGGCGUCGGUUCUUUGUGUAGGCUUGGUCUUAUUUUCGCAACCCCCCCAACCCACAGUGGCGCGCGCCCCCGCAGCGGUGCUCUCGCCCAAGUUUGGUUGGCAGCGCGGUCUAGUUUUAGCUACUAAUAGUACAUGCAUCGAUCGA